GGCGCAAUGAUUUGAAACAGUUGUGCGAAGUCUAAACGAAAACAUGGAUUCCUCAGAAAUGAACGAGGGCGAAAUCCACCAAAUAGACAGUGACGAUGUCAUUAAGGAGGAGGACGAAACCGAAAAUGAAGAGGGGGAGGAUCUGACAGAGGAUGCUGAAGCACUGAAGGCCGAGUUGGCCAAGAUAGUUGUACAUCCACCAUCAUAUGAACAGUCGCUAAUGGAAGAAUUUGACCAAGCAGAAUUUUCACCUUCUUACAAAGACAACUUGCCUAAGGAGAAUCUAGUGCUUCAGUAUGCAGAAAAUUUUAGGCGACAAAUGGUGCAAUUGUAUCGAGAUAGAAAACCAUUAUUUCUCAAUCCAGUUAAUGAAUGUGGAGUGGAGAAAUUUGUUUGCACAACUAUAAGACCUACACUCCUAGAAUUUAAAGAAUUGUACAAUUGGGAUGGUGCUGCAGAAUUUGUCGCUGAUUAUUUAAAUAUAGAACCCUUGAAGCCUGAAUAUGAAUUGCCCAAGCGAUUGAUUUCCCCAUCUACUGUGCUAAAGCGACAGAAGGGUAACUGCUUUGAGUACAGUACACUGCUUUGCUCUCUUCUGAUUGGGGCUGGUUAUGAUGCCUAUGUCAUCAGUGGAUACGCCACCAAGGAGACAUGCCUUGCAGAUGAGUCACGAGACAUCUGUCCUCUUCUCAAGAAGAAGGAAGAGGUGCAAGAAGAAGCUAGAAAGAAAGAGAUGAAAAAAUAUAAUGUGAAACCUCCACGUGAUUUGCGUAGCAAGUUUGAGCUGAAACAAGAAGCAAAGAAAGAAGCAGAAAAACAGGCAGAGAAAGAAAAACAGAGGAAGGAAGAGGAGGAAAGAAUAGCUGAACUGGAGAAACCUCCACCGGACCCCUAUUUUGGUCUUCGCAUCCAUGCCUGGGUGUUAGUAUUAUCCGGAAAGAGGGAGGUACCAGAGAACUUUUUUAUUGAGCCAUUUACAGGACUGUCCCAUCCAAUGGACAGCUCCAACUAUCUGGGAAUCGAGUCCGUGUGGAACAAUGUUAAUUACUGGGUCAACAUGCAGGACUGCUCGGAAGGUGUCAAGGGAUUAAGUUUUGACCUGGGUGACUCCACAGUUUGGGAGUUCAUGUUUCCCAAUAAUGACAAGCCCCUGUUGAAGAUUCCUGAUGCAGAGGAUGAUCUGAAUGACAUGGAUGAUGAUGAGAAAACAGCUACCAGUGGACAAACAAGAGAAAACACACAAAUGACAAUGGAUGAUGAAGAACAUGAGGUUGAGAAGUACCUAGACAUGCCUCCAUCUUGGGUUGAUGCUCUGAAACUGUCUCACAGAGAUUUCCAGAUGCGAUGCCCUCAUGGUAAGAAGACCAAAGUGUAUAAGAGAGCCAAGCUGGAGAAGUUUGCUCAUUAUCUGAUGAAGGACGGCCUUAUCUCCAGACUCAGUGUUUAUGAAGACCGGGAAUUGACAGAUUUAAUGAAAGUUCAUGAAUACUAUGCCCAUCGGUCUGACAAGUUGACCCAGAAGUUGACCAAUCACAGGACAGGUCAAGUGUGUGAAAACUUUGACCCAGGCAGGCCAAGGUGUCUGAAAGAACACCAAUUCAAGUCCAGCACCCCAGGACCAGAAAAUGAGAGAGUGAUGAUAUUUUACCAUGAAGCCCGUGUAGAUGGUCUGGUGAAAAGGGAGGAAACUCAGACAGAGAUGACUGAGGAAUACAGUAACAGAGACGAUUUCCUUUUCUACAAAUAUGUGGAAUUUGGAAAACGAGCCAAAAAGUUUGGACCCCAAGAAACUUCAUCUGCUAACAAAGGAAGACCAAUAAAUAAAAUGAUCCAGAAAUUCCAUAGAAAUAGAAACAAGCCUGCAAAUGAAGAUAUUGCAGAGAUAAUUUUCCAUGUAGCUGAGGACAAAAUACACAUCUCUUACCACACCGAGGAUGUGAGAAUUGCCGCCUCAACCCGCGAGUUCCUCAAACCUCCAAACUGGGACGAGAAAGGAGCUGUGCUCACCUUCAAUCCAGAGAUGCACCAGACUUUCCAGGUUGAUCCAAUGCUACCUAUGAACAAGCAAGUGGAGUUGUACGAGAUGUUAAUGGAGUUAUUAAAAGCUGAAGAGAAAUGUAGAAAUGAAGUUCGAGAUUCACAAAAUGAGGUUAGAAAUAUCUUGGAUGACAGAACAAAAGAGGAAGCAGCCUCAGAACUGGACAUAUCUGUGUAUGACACAGAAAGAAACGAAAAAGCCAAGAAACACAGGAGAGAGCUGGAGAGACAGCAGCUUGAGGAGAAAAUGAGGAAGCAGGAGAUGGACAUUGACUACCUGGCGCCAUUCCUGGCCAAGAUCGGGAACCCAGAGAAGCUGUCCAAACAACAGGCCUUCAGCCUGAAGGAGGAGUGCCUGGCUGACCUCAAACAGAGGCUCAUUGACAAGGCCAACCUCAUUCAGGCCAGGUUUGAGAAGGAGAGUCAGGAGCUGGAGAAGAAGCAGGCGUGGUACCAGCAGAACCAGGUGUCGAUGGGCAAGGAGGAUGAGGAGGAGUACCUGACCUACUGUAAGGAGGCCAUCUUCAGGAUCCACAUCCUGGACCUACGACUCACACGACACAAGGAGCAAGCCCCCCACAAAUAUAUGCAAUUAGAACAGAAGCUCAGAAAUGAUGAAAGAUUGUCGGAGUUUUUCUAAGCUGUGGUCUCCCACCACUCUCUUCGUCUUGUGUUUUGUUGAACUCGGUCAAGAACUGUCCGUCCAGAGAAAUUCCGUUACAUUUUAACACAAACUGCGUUGUUUUUCACAUAAUAAACUGUAUGUUUAAGAAAAAAUUUAAGUUAUUAGAUGCCUGUGAUUUCAAUGUGAUAAUUUUUUGUAAAGAUUAUUUACUUUUCAUACAAAGUAUAUUUAUUAUUUUAUAUUGAAUAAAUUGUUUUAUUUCAUAUGUA